AUGGGAUGGGAGAUACGGCAUGUGGGAUGGGCGAUAGAGCAUGUGGGAUGGGCGAUAGAGCAUGUGGGAUGGGCGAUAGAGCAUGUGGGAUGGGCGAUAGAGCAUGUGGGAUGGGCGAUAGAGCAUGUGGGAUGGGCGAUAGAGCAUGUGGGAUGGGCGAUAGAGCAUGUGGGAUGGGCGAUAGAGCAUGUGGGAUGGGCGAUAGAGCAUGUGGGAUGGGCGAUAGAGCAUGUGGGAUGGGCGAUAGAGCACGUGGGAUGGGCGAUUGAGCAUGUGGGAUGGGCGAUAGAGCAUGUGGGAUGGGCGAUAGAGCAUGUGGGAUGGGUGAUAGAGCACGUGGGAUGGGCGAUUGAGCAUGUGGGAUGGGCGAUAGAGCAUGUGGGAUGGGCGAUAGAGCAUAUGAGAAAUUCGAAUCAGAGAGGUUCGAGCCGCAGCAAGCUUUGUUGCCCCUUCCCUCCUCAUCCCCACCCCCCUGUUUCCCCCCUCCUCCUGGGCCGUGACUGGCAGGUGCACUGGCUGAACGUGCAGCUGCAGGAGGUGUGGAAGUACGUUGACCGGGCGACAUCGCAUCUGGUGAAGGAGGUGGUGGAGCCCAUGCUGGACAGCUACAAGCCUCCAGGAGUGUCGUCGCUGGCCUUCAAGCGCUUCAAGCUCGGCAGCAAUGCGCCGCGCAUAGAAGGUGUGAAGGUGCAGCGGCUGGUGGAGCAGCAGGUGAUGGUACCAUGGACUUGUGGGUGUGGGGACAGGGCCUUAGGGCCUCAACAAUUCAACUAUCCCACUCCCUGCUCAUGCCGCCACAUCCCCUCCCUGCUCUUCUGCUGUGUACCAUGUGCCACACCACAGGUGUGUGUGAAGGUGCAGUGGCUGGUGGAGCAGCAGGUGUUGGUUGACAUAAACCUGUGGUGGCUGGUGGAGCAGCAGGUGAUGGUUGACAUAAACCUGUGCGUGGGUGGGGGGAAAGGGCAGGGCAUCAAGGCUUCUUCAAUACUCAACCUAUCCCCAUCCCCUCCCUGCACCCUCACAGGAGUGAAGGUGCAGCGGCUGGUGGAGCAGCAGGUGAUGGUGGACAUGAACUUGUGGGUGGGGGGCGGCUCAUCAAUCAUCCUCGCCAUCGCCAGCAUGGGUGUCAAGAUGCACGUGCAGGUGAGGGCUGGACAGGUGCACGUGCAGGUGAGGGCUGGACAGGUGCACGUGCAGCUCAAGGACCUGGAGUUGCGGGCGAGGCUGAGGCUCAUCCUGCAGCUGGGGGAGCAGCUGCCGUGCAUCGAUGCUGUCGUCAUCUCCAUCCACAAGAAGCCGCGCAUGCGGAUAGAAUACAAGCUGAAGGCGAUCGGGGGCCAGCUGUCGUCCAUCCCGGGGCUGGCGGGGAUGAUAGAGAGCACGGUGCACAGCGCCAUCGAGAGCACCCUCAUGUGGCCUGAACGCAUCGUCGUGCCGCUCGCGCCCUCGUUUGAUGCCAGCUUUCUUGAGAUGCACUACGAGGGCUCACUGGUGGUAACUGCGUGGAAGGCGGAGGGAUUGAAGAACGUGGAUAUGAUGAGCGUAUCGGACCCCUUUGCCAUCCUGUGGACGCACGGCAAGCACAAGGCCGUCACCAGGACUAUUGACAAUGACCUUAACCCGGUCUGGAAUGAAACUUUCGAGCUGCCCGUGGACGACAUCCACACCGCAGAGCUUUUCAUUCAGGUGGACGAUGAGGACAGCUUUGGGAGUCAGAACCUGGGGUACGCCAUGUACCCUUUAGUGGGCCUCCUCGAUAAGGACACAGUGCAGACGGUCACAUUGACGUUGCUGCCCAAGCUUAACAACGAUCGCAUGUUGGGCAUCGACCACAAGCUGGGGCGCAUCACUCUACAGAUGGUAUACCGCAGCUACACGCCAGAGGAGAAGGUGCAGGUGACCGCAGCGGAGAAGGCUCGGGACCCCAAGGUGCGAGACUGCCCACUCGACCCUGACGCCGCCCAGCGUGCCUUCGCUGCCGCCCUCCUCUCCGCCCGCCACCGCAAGCUUUCCGCCGCCUCCGCCUCUCAAGGCAAGCGGGCUGUCUGCUUCUCGGCCCAGUCUGGUGAAGGGGAUGGUGCGGCAGAGGGGGAGGGGCAUGGGAGUGUGUUGGGGGGAGGGGAAGGGGGUGGAGGGAGUGGGAAUGGGGAGAAGGGUGGAGGGGGUAGCUGGUGGUGGUCGUGGUUGUCGUGGUUGCUUGGUGGUGGUGGGAAGGCAGGGAGCGGAGCCGAUGGUGGUGGUGGUGCUUCUGGUGGUGAUGGGCCUGGUAGCGGCUUCCGCAGUGGCUUUGCAGAUGCAGCCGCUGCUGCUGUUGCUGAGGCUGCUGCUGCUGAGGCUGCUGAGGCUGAGGCUGCUGAGGCUGCUACUGCAGAGGAGGAGGAAACUGAGGAUGGGGAUGCGGAUGCUGAUUAUGGUGACGGCAGCAGCAGCAAAGCUAAGGAUGGUGGAGCGGUGGGGGGGAGGAGUAGCAACAGUGGCAGUAUUAGCCAGGCACUAGGUAGGCGGAUGAAAAAGGGUGAGGGCCAGAGCAGUGGGAAGUUCAUGUGGGGAUCACUCAAGGGGUGGACAGGCGGGCAGAAGGCAAAAACGAGGAGAAAGAGCGGUGAAGGGGGGUGGGACGUGGUGGCAGAUAAAAUGGUGGAGUCAGCAAGAGGGCGGGAGCUUAAGAGGAGCUUCCAGGUGUCAAGGGAGAGUAGGAGGGAGGGAGGAGGAGAAGAGUGGGAGGAUGAGGAUUGGGAGGAUGAGGAGGAGGAGGAUGAGGAGGAGGAGGAAGAGGAAGAGUCUUCUUGCGUGGAAAACGGAGAGGAGGGUGAAAUAGGGAUGGACGAUGGAGAGAGUGUGCGGGAGCAGAAUCUUCGUGCUGGUAGGCUCGGUGCAGGUUCAGAGGGGGGCGAUCAGGAGGAUAGAGAGGUGGAGAGGGAGCAGACGAUCAACCCCGAGCCCUCGAUAGAGGGAUGCGCUCUGCAGGAGAGUUUAAGGGAGGAGGGAGAUGGAAGUGGAGGAGAGAAUGGUGCAGGAGAAGGGAGGAGGAAUGGGGAGAUGGAGGUGGAAGGUGAGGGAGAAGGUGCAGAAGGUGCGGCAGGUGCCAGUGGUGGUGCAGGGGCGAGUGGCAGGGACGGGCAGGGGAGGGGUGUGGGUGCGGUGUCAAGGAAGAGAGAGGUGAGGCGAUUGCUGCUGGGAGCGAUGCUGGUGCGGAAAAACAUUCCCAAGGCUGCACGCUCUCGCACUCGCUCUGCUGACGCUGCUGAUGCUGGCGCUGGUGGUGAUGCUGCCGAUGCUGCCAAUGCUGCUCUUACUAAGGCUGCUGAUGUUGGCUCUUCUGCUGAUGGUGCUGGCGCUGGUGAUGGUGGUGACGGUGGUGAUGGUGGUGGUGAUGAUGGUGGUGGUGGUUUGCGGAGUGGGCAUGAUGGGGAGGGCGGUGGGGUGGGCAUGAGCCUCGGUGUUGGUGGGUGGAAUGCGGUGAUGGACGGUGUGGUGGAGUUGGUGGAAGAGCAAGAGCGAGAGCUCAAGCGUAGCCUGCAGGUGUCGAGGAGAUGGCGGUUUGGAAGUUUAGGAGGAGAGGAGGAGGGGAAAGAAGAGGAGGAUGGAGAAGAGGCAGGAGGAGCGGUGGGCUCUUUGUGUGAGAACAACAAGGAGGAAUCAGGAGGAGGGAUGGCCGAUGGGCAGGCCAGCAAGGUCGGAGGUGCGGUGAGAAAGAGGGAGCUGAGGAGUUUGCUGCUUGGAGCACUAUUGGAGAGAAAGGACAGCCCUCGGGGAAUACAAGCUAGUGGGGACCUAGCUGCUGGUGAUGCUGGCAGCGGCCGUGCCAGUGCCAGUGCCAUUGGUGCUGGUGCUGGUGCUGGUAGUGGCAGUGGCAGGAGCGGGGAGGGAAAGGGGCUGAGGCGAAGGUGGGGCACACUGAUAGAGUCCUCUCAGUCUUCCACUCCUUGCUCUGCCGCUGCUGCUGCCGCUGUUGCCAGUACUGCCGAUGCUCCUGUUGUUGCCGGUGCUGCUGGUGCUUCUGUAGUUACCGGUGCUGCCGGUGCUGCUGCUGCUGCUAUUGCAGCAGCUAUUGCGGCUGCAAGGGAUCGAAGGGUCGCCUCUUCCUCCACUGCUGCUACAGCUGCUUUGUUAGGGAGUGCUAGGAGGAGUGAUACCUCUCCUGCUUCCACACUAGGGAAUGCGAGUGCUGGUAAGCUUUCCAACGUGGUAGCUGCUGAGAGUGCUGCCGGGGGUGCUGUGGGAAGGAAGUCGUUUGGUGGGAUGGCACGGGCGGUUGAUACGGGUCGAGCGUUCAGCCAGGCUUUAAGCAUUCUUUCGGAUAGGAAGCUGCCUGGAAAGGGGCUGGGAGGGAAGAGUUUUGCUGCUGUAAGGCGCGUGGGUGGAGGGCACACGCGCAGUAAGACGGCUGGGGAAGUGAUCUGCCUGGAUGCAGAUGAAACAGUGGUGGAGGGAGAUGAAACGUUGGUGGUGGGAGAUGAAAUGGUGGUGGAGGGGGGUAAAACGGUGCAAGAGGGAGAUGAAACGCGCGGGUGUGGCAGCGAUGGGAAGAGGGAGGGGCAUGGUGGAUUUGGUAGCAAGGCAAAGAGCUUUGCUGCUCUGGAAGAUGCACUUGCAGGAGAGAGGGCGAUGGAGGGAGAUGGGGAGGAGGGAGGUGGAGAGGAGGGAGAUGGUGAGGCUGAGUGUGAUACAGCAUGGGAAGUAUGUGUGCCUGUGACGAGUGUGCCUGUGACGAGUGUGCCUGUGACGAGUGUGCCUGUGGGUGGGAACGUGGGGGAGGGAGUGAGAGAGGGAGUGAGGGAGUGCAAGGAAGCAAAGGGAUGCGGGCCAGGGGCGUGUGAUGAGGGCGGUGGUGAGAUUGGGAGGAGAGUCGAGAGCUCAGAGCUGGGUGGGUGUAGAGAGGUUAGUGGCGGUGCUGACUGUGCUGGGGCAAGGGAGCAGGUAGGAAGUGAUGCUGUGUUGAGAGAGGGGAGAGAGAGGUGUGGGGAGGAAGAGAGCAAUGGGGAGCGGGAGAGGAGUGGAGAGGGGACAGAUGAGCAUAUGAGGGAGGGCGGUGGAGGUGAGGGAAGGGGCGAGGAUGAUCUGAGGGGUGAGAGACAUGAGAUUUGGGAGAGAGGAGAGAGACAUGAAAGAGAGGAGAGCGCUGAAAGAGAUGAAAGAGGUGAAAGAGAUGAGGGAGACAAGCGAGCGGAGAGAGGGAUGGAGGAUGAAGAAGAGAGAGGGAGGCGUGAAGGAGAAGACAGAGGAGGGAGUGGGGGAGAGGGCAGCAUAAAUGAGUCGAUCAGAAGCCGUGCAGGUGAAUCAGUGAGGCUGGCAGAGACAGAGGAGAGCAGAGAAGGGGAGAGUGGAGAAGGGGAGAUUAGAGAAGGAGAGAGCAGAGGGGAGGAGAGCAGAGAAGGGGAUGGUGGAGAAGGGGAGAGCGGAGAGCAGAUGGGGUUGAGCAUGGAAAGAGCCUCUGCAGCUGAUUCUUUGCAUGCUCUGCAUUCAUCGACUGCAUGCUCUGCAGUGUCGGGUGCUGCUAACAGACAUGUUUCAGCGGGGAGCAAGGAAGGUAGGGAAUUUCCUGGCGGGAGAGAAGGAAUGGGGGAUGAUGCCACAGCGAUGAGUGAAAGUGCAACUGACACGUGGCAUCAAGGAGAUGAAACUCUCGUGCAAGGAGAUGAAACUCUUGAGCAAGGGGAUGAAGGUUGGAGGGAGGGAGAUGUGCUUAUGGCAGCGGGGGCUGCGGACUGUGUGGGGGAGGUGGGGGUGCAGGGAGUAGCAGGGGAGCACACAGAACGCAGGGGGAAGGCUUUGAACAAAGGGAAGGGGAAGGGUGGAGCGUGGCCAUUUGCUAAGAAUGUGAAGAAUGUGGGGCGGGCGCUUAGAGGUAUGAAGGGCGGCACCAAGUGUGUUUACUCUCCGGAGGAGUUGCGGGAUCGGUUGGACGAUAGGCGAGAGGAGAUGGAGAGGAUGGCUGAGAUGGAGGGGAAGCGUGCAAAUGCAGAUAUGGAUUUGGAUUGA